GCCUCUGCCUCUGAUUCCAGCGGGGCAGGAGAGCGAGAGGAGCCAGCAGAUCUCUGUAGAGGGGCACAAGCAGAGGCCGCACUAGUGCUGAUUGUGUGCUGAGGAAGACACACACGUUCCACACACUUACCUCUCAAAAAGAAAGAAGACAAAAUGUCUAAAGGUCCAGCAGUAGGCAUCGACUUGGGCACCACCUACUCAUGUGUUGGCAUUUUCCAGCAUGGUAAAGUUGAGAUCAUUGCCAACGACCAGGGCAACAGGACCACACCCAGCUAUGUUGCCUUCACAGACACAGAGAGACUGAUUGGAGAUGCUGCCAAGAAUCAGGUGGCCAUGAACCCCAACAACACUGUGUUUGAUGCCAAGCGCUUGAUUGGUCGGAGGUUCGACGACGCCGUGGUGCAGUCGGACAUGAAGCACUGGCCUUUUAAGGUGGUUAGUGAUGGAGGCAAACCCAAGAUGGAAGUGGAAUACAAGGGAGAGAUAAAGACCUUUUAUCCUGAAGAAGUGUCCUCCAUGGUUCUCACUAAGAUGAAGGAGAUCUCUGAGGCUUAUUUGGGCAAGCCUGUAACAAAUGCAGUCAUCACAGUACCUGCCUACUUCAACGACUCUCAGAGGCAAGCCACCAAAGACGCUGGUACUAUUGCUGGCCUGAAUGUCCUCCGCAUUAUUAAUGAGCCAACAGCAGCGGCCAUCGCCUAUGGGUUGGACAAAAAGGUUGGUGGUGAGCGGAACGUCCUCAUCUUUGACCUGGGUGGUGGCACCUUUGACGUGUCCAUUCUGACCAUCGAGGAUGGUAUCUUUGAGGUCAAGUCCACAGCCGGUGACACCCACCUUGGAGGUGAGGACUUUGACAACCGCAUGGUCAACCACUUCAUCACUGAGUUCAAGCGCAAAUUCAAGAAGGACAUCACAGGCAACAAGCGUGCAGUACGUCGUCUCAGAACAGCUUGCGAACGGGCCAAGCGUACGCUGUCCUCCAGCACACAGGCCAGCAUCGAGAUCGACUCCCUCUACGAGGGGGUUGACUUCUACACCUCCAUUACCAGGGCACGCUUUGAGGAGCUCAAUUCUGACCUGUUUCGUGGGACUCUAGACCCUGUGGAGAAGGCCUUGCGUGAUGCCAAGCUGGACAAGGCUCAGAUCCAUGAUAUUGUGCUUGUUGGUGGCUCCACUCGCAUUCCCAAGAUCCAGAAACUCCUGCAAGAUUUCUUCAACGGUCGUGAUCUGAACAAGAGCAUUAACCCUGAUGAAGCAGUUGCUUAUGGGGCAGCUGUGCAGGCAGCCAUCUUGUCAGGCGACAAGUCAGAAAACGUUCAAGAUCUCCUGCUGCUGGAUGUCACUCCUCUAUCUCUGGGCAUUGAGACCGCAGGAGGGGUCAUGACUGUGCUCAUCAAGAGAAACACUACCAUCCCCACCAAGCAGACCCAGACCUUCACCACCUACUCAGACAACCAGCCUGGAGUGCUGAUCCAGGUGUACGAAGGAGAGAGAGCUAUGACAAAAGACAACAACAUUCUAGGCAAGUUUGAGCUAACUGGCAUCCCCCCUGCCCCUCGAGGUGUGCCCCAGAUUGAAGUGACCUUUGAUAUUGACGCCAAUGGCAUUCUCAAUGUGUCUGCCGUGGACAAGAGCACCGGCAAAGAGAACAAGAUCACCAUCACUAAUGAUAAAGGUCGCCUGUCCAAGGAGGACAUUGAACGCAUGGUUCAGGAGGCUGACCAGUACCGGGCUGAAGACGAAGCUCAGAGGGAGAAGGUCACAUCUAAGAACACCCUGGAGUCCCUGGCCUUCAACAUGAAGAGUACAGUGGAGGAUGAGAAGCUUAAGGACAAGAUCAGUGCAGAAGAUAAAAAGACUAUUGUAGACAAGUGCAAUGAGGUCAUCGCCUGGCUGGACAGGAACCAGACUGCAGAAAAGGAAGAAUACGAGCACCAGCAGAAGGAACUGGAGAAAGUCUGCAACCCUAUUAUCACCAAGCUCUACCAGGGUGCUGGGGGCAUGCCAGGCGGAAUGCCAGGUGGAAUGCCGGGUGGGCCAGGAGGUUUCCCUGGAGGUGCCGGUGCUGGUGCAUCCUCCGGACCCACCAUUGAGGAGGUUGACUAGAUCGGACAACAUGAGACAAGAAGAAAAAGAGAAAUCCACAAAAAGCGUCUUUUUUCAACAUCUUAUUUUAACAUCAAGCUGUUUUCUAGGAAAUCUCAAAGAAUGUGUGGCUGGGAGCCAAAUUCAACAGAGACCAACACACAGCCUGUGACCAAAUCAGUGGGCUACUGCAAUAACACACAACACACACAAAAAAAUAAUGUAUUUUUGAUUAUUUUCUUUUUUUAUUUAAUAGAUACUUUCUAGUCUAUCUUCUAGUUAUUUGAUUAUAUUAUUGUUUUAGCAUUGCCGAGUGGCCUUUUAGCUUGUGCCAUUACUUCUGCUUUUAAAGCUACAUUUCCUGACAGACUUCCUCUUGUGUAGACUCUGCUUUGAGCUGGGUGGAAAAACAGCUCUCUGUGGUAACCAUUUUACCACUCCAUCCACAUGAAUAAAAUAAGAUGGUUUCUCUUCA